AUGGCCUCUUCACAAGCCUUCCUUUUGCUCACAUUGUCUAUGGUCUUAGUUCACUUUUCUUUAGCUCAGUCUCCCAUGAUGGCUCCUUCUGGAUCAAUGUCGAUGCCUCCGAUGCCAAUGACGACUCCACCACCUAUGACCAUGACUCCACCACCUAUGCCCAUGACUCCACCACCUAUGCCCAUGACUCCACCACCAAUGACCAUGACUCCACCACCUAUGCCCAUGGCUCCACCACCUAUGACCAUGACUCCACCACCCAUGCCUAUGGCUCCACCACCUAUGACCAUGGCUCCACCACCAAUGCCCAUGGCUUCACCACCAAUGAUGCCAACGACUCCAUCUCCAAGCCCAAUGGGUCCACCAAGUACUCCUAUGGCCCCAAGCCCAAGCCCAUCAACAGGUCCCGAUAUGCCUUCGCCGCCGAUGCCGUCAUCCGCAAUGGAAUCUUCUCCUUCUCCGGGACCUAUGCCGAUGGCCUCGCCGGAUUCUGGAGCUCUUAAUGUAAGAAACAACGUCGUAGCACUUUCGUUCGUUGUUGGAGUUGCUGCCGCCCAUUUGCUCCUCGUUUAA